CUGAGACACCUCUGAGACUCACAGACAGAGAGAGCUGAGUGAGAGGAGUGUGUAGAGGAGUGACCGGACAGGAAGGCCUGUAUCUUAGAUCAGUUAUCCAGAAGCUGAUGGAGAAUUACACAGGCGAUCAUCAUCAGAUACACUCAACCACUCAUUAGAGGUGGGUAACCCAGGUCCAGAAAAUAAAAAUCCCGCUGUUGGAGCUGCGGGAUGGAUUUUUACUUUCUGGACCUGGGUUACCCACCUCUAUUACACACACACUCACAAGGGGAUAAGUAUGUAACGUUAGCUAAAUGAAUACAGAUAUAACCUUUAUAAGAGCGUUUUCUGCUGGAAAUAUUCACGACAGUUGUUAAGUGACCUGUCUGGAGUUACUGGAGCUAUGAUCUUACAGGAUCAGUAUUUACAGUCAGCCUGGAGCACCAGCACUGCUAUCCUGCCCUGGACCCUCGACAGCUCAAUCAGUGAUGAGAACAGAGAGGUCAUUGAGAGCAUGCUGUUGGAAGAACAAUAUUAUUUUGCUGGUAAGAAGGCACCUAAAGUGGCAUGGACUGGAGAUAAGCCAAAAGUAAAAAAGUCACCAGUGAAGAGCUCUGGAGCUCCAGCUCGUUGGGCACAAGAGGAAAAGGAUCUUUUUGAGAAAGGACUGGCUCAGUAUGGGCGGAGGUGGACCAAGAUUGCAAAACUAAUUGGCUCAAGGACUGUUCUUCAAGUAAAGAGCUUUGCCAGGCAGUACUUCAAACACAAGGCUAAAGCUGAAGGUCCUACUGAAGAGUCAUCUGCCAAAACACAGAGUUCACUACUUCACACCUCAUCCUCUGGAUCAAAAACUCUUUCUGUCCAGCCACACCUCCCUGUGCUGGCCAACACUAUACGCAUCGAACAGCUGUCCGACGAUGAGGAUGUUGACAUCACUGAUGACCUCAGUGACAGUGCAUCCCAACCAGAGAACCAGUUAGACCAAGCAGAUGAGCCCAAAGGUUUUCAGGAUCUGCAUGAGCAAGAACAUCCUGUUUUAGUCAUUUCCUCUACAGACAGAGUGAAGAAACACUUUUUAAAUCCGGGCGAAUUGUCUGUCGGACCAGCAGAUUUGAGCCUUAAGGUUAACGGCAGCCCUCAGUCAGUGGAGGAACUAGAACCUGGAGAGCAUAAAGAGGAAUAUCUCUGUGACGAUAGCCCCGAAACAUGUACUCUGCCCGGAGAUGAGCGUGCUGAAGAAAAGGUGGAAGGUGUUGCCAUGGAGGAAACAGAAGAGGACCAGGAGGAAGAGGAAGAGCUGAAGGCUCCUGAGCAGGAAGUGACACUACACCUAGAAACCAUCGCAGAAGAGGAAAAGCAGGCCAUUCCAGAGUUCUUUGAGGGCCGUCCGUCAAAAACUCCAGAGAGAUAUCUAAAAAUCCGCAACUACAUUCUGGAUCAGUGGGAAAAGAGUAAACCCAAGUACUUGAAUAAGACAUCAGUGCGCCCUGGCUUGAAAAACUGCGGGGAUGUGAACUGCAUUGGCCGGAUACACACUUACCUGGAGCUCAUCGGAGCAAUAAACUUCAACUGUGAUCAGGCCAUCUAUAAUCGUCCACGGCCGGUGGACCGCUCUCGUCUGAAGGAAAGCAGAGACAGUCUGGAGGCUUAUCAGCUGGCUCAAAGAUUGCAGUCCAUGCGCACAAGGAAGCGCCGAGUACGGGACAUGUGGGGAAACUGGUGUGAUGCUAAAGACCUAGAGGGCCAGACAUACGAGCAUUUAAGCGCAGCAGAUCUGUCCCUUAGAAGAGAGGAAAUGAAGAAAAGGCAGCCAAGGCCCUGCAAAUUCCCUAAACGCAGUUCUUUUGAUCCAUUCCAGCUCAUUCCUUGCAAGACAUUUGGAGAGGACACACAGGAGCCAUUUCAAGUGAUCGUGUGCGCUGAAGCCCUGGUUGUCAUGGAUGUGCACGCUCAUGUCUCUAUGGGAGAGGUGAUCGGGCUGCUAGGCGGAUCCUAUGAUGAUGAAGAGAAAGUGCUGAAGAUCUGCGCUGCCGAGCCAUGUAAUAGCCUCAGCACUGGACUACAGUGUGAAAUGGACCCUGUCUCCCAGACACAAGCUUCUGAGCUUCUCGGGGCCAAAGGUCACAAUGUAGUCGGCUGGUAUCACUCCCAUCCCGCCUUUGAUCCCAACCCCUCCCUUAGAGACAUUGACACCCAGGCCAAAUACCAGAGUUAUUUCUCUCGAGGAGGUGCUCCUUUCAUAGGAAUGAUUGUGAGCCCAUAUAACCCCAGUAACACCUCUCCUGUAUCCCAGACCACCUGUCUGCUUGUGCAGGAAGAGACUGGGCCUACGGAUACUCAAAAGCAUCCAUACAAGUUUGAGUACCUGGUCUCUGCAGAGAUCCCUGACUGGACAGAGGUGAUGAGAAGAGCAGAAUGGGUGGUGUUCAAAUACAGAGAGUCUCAUGGGUGUGUUCCAAUGGACAGGCUGUAUCGCAGAGAUUCCUCGAUCACAUGUCUAGAAAAGUUGCUUGUCUCACUAAAGAAGACCCUUACAGAGGUUCCAGAGACUGAGACCGAGACCUUCCUCAUCCAGAUUGAAACUUUGUUCAUUACACAUUUCAUUGUUAAGCAAGAGACUCCUCAAGAUAUGGCUGGUUCUUCCUCUCAUCCUCAUGAUCCAGUUACAAGAUCUCCUUUACACAUAUUCACCAUCUCUGAGCAAGAUAACAGUGGUGCAGCUUUGGACUUUGAUGAAAUGUGUUUUACAGAUGAGCAAUCCACCACUAAUUCCAGCAACUCUGAUAAAAUGUCCUCCAGUCCUGGUAACCAAAUUAUACCCCAUCCAGAAGUCACUGUGCCCUCUAUACAAACAGUAAAUGAAGAAAAUGAGAAAUGACUCUUAUCUUAGUUCUGAUCUCUCAGAGAGUAAUGUAUUAUAUAAACAAGACCAUUCCAAUUUGUUUAUGAUGUGACCUAGUGUAUCUGGAUUUAUAAAAACUUGGGUUUUCAGGCUGGGCAAAUACGCCACACUAAUUAUAGACAUUGGGCAGCACUCCUAACUCUACCUUCAUCUAUCUGUGUAACAUAAUUUUAAUGUAUCACUGUGGAAAUGAGUGUCAGUCAAAUGACAUAUUCAAUAUUUUAGCUAAAUUAAAAUGAUUUAAUCCUUUUAGGCAGAGAUGCAUGAAAGUUUUUGUAAGUAAAUACAGUAUCCAUAUUUUACCACUAUAUAUGCAACUUAUAAGACUCUUACAGGUUAACUGGUAAAUGAAAUUGCUAUAUGCUAUAAACUGCUAUAUGGCUACAUUAGGAACAUCUUAACCCCUGAUUUCCCAUCACCACAAUAGAAAUGUCAGUAAGAUGGACUCUUUCACAUCAUACUAUGUUUAUUGACUGUUUACAUUGGCUUUAACGUCCUCGUCAAUAUUUAUUUUUUCUUGUUGAAAGUGUUAACUAGAUAGGAUAAUGUUAAUAAAGCCAGUGUUGAUUAUUUUUAAUAA